AUGCCGAGUCCGCGGGCGAACAUGACUGUCGGCGUCCUACUGGCCCUGGGCAGUGCGGGCAUGGCCACCAGGAGCUGCGUGUCCCGUUGCUGUUUGGAUUUGAAGAACGUUCCUAGUCUCGAGGGUAAGGUUUACUUUCCCGACUCUGAGGCCUACGAGGCUCGUCUUCAGACGUACUGGUCUGUCUCAGCGGCCCUCGAACCAUGGUGCAUGGUACAGCCGUCGACGGCCGAAGACGUCUCGGUGGCGAUCAAGACAAUCGUGGCAGGUGACUGUCCCUUUGGCAUCCGAGGUGGCGGACACGGCGCGCACGCGCUCUCCAAUGGCGUCGAGCACGGCAUCACGAUCGACUUUGAUGAACGGCACGACCUGGGAUCCCGAAACCAGGCUUGCAUCAGUCCAGCCCGGAGUCAUUGGCAGACCGUGUACGAUGAGCUGGCGCCUUACGGCGUUGCAGUGACGGGCGGCCGAGCGGGCACCGUGGGCACCGGCGGUUUUAUCAGCGGCGGCGGCAAUUCUUUCCACUCGGCGUCGCAUGGCAUGGGUUGCGACACGGUGGCCAACUUUGAGGUUGUGCUCGCGGACGGCUCCAUCGUCAACGCCAACGCGACCAGCAACCCGGACCUCUGGCAGGCGCUCAAGGGCAGCAGCGGGAACCUGGGGCUCAUCACACGCUUCGAUAUGUACCCGAUCGAGUUCCCGGAUCCUGAGCGCCCGGUGGUCUGGGGCGGCAACCUGUACUACGACCUCAAGUCGGGCCCGGCCCUCAUCGACGCGCUGGUGCAGUUUACCGACAAUGUGCACAAGGACGAGAACAGCUCGUCGAUCGUGUACUGGGCACACCUACCCCAGAUUCUCGGAGGCACCAUCCUCAAUGCUGCUGUGGAGAACACGCUGGGUGAGGUCAAGCCGGCGGCGUUCGAGGUGUAUUACGACGUCGAGGGUCUUUACGACGACACGACCAAGGUUGAUACGCUCUCCGCGGUGACCAACGCACUGGGGGCUGGACAGCCCGCAGGGUUCCGAAAUGCCUGGUUCACAGCAUCCUUCAAGAACGACGCACGACCGAUGAACUACGCCCGCGAAAAGUUCCACGAGCUGAUGCAGCGAUCGAGAGAUAGCACCGGCGUCCCGUAUCGAACUUUCAACACGCUUUCUCCACACCCUGACACUCGUCUGAAAUUGCUUCCGAACCUGAUGCGAUUACUGGCGUCAAUACUUCAACGAACCGCACUGGAAGCGAAGCUUGCGUUGCAACACGGAUCAGAUUCAAGCCCGAUUCAGAUGCCUCUCUGCAAGUGGCCCGGCUCGACGUGGGAACUCAAAGCCCGAUCCUAG